AUGCCUAUCCACCACCCCGGCACCCUCGUCGCCAACGGCAACAUCAAUCUCACAGACGUCCCCUGGGCACUAACGACACAUCUCUUGUCUUGGCUCGCCAACGACCUCCAGUACCUCAAAAUCUACAAAGGCCUAAGCGAACAAACACUUGCCAUCGUCCGUCGCACCCAGCCAUCAACCACAAUCUAUGACCCGGAAGACCUUCAAACCCGGCUUGUGGCCUGGCUGGAUGCCGCGAUCCAAAACGGCACCCGCGAAGAAGCCUUCUUCCAAGAAGUCGCCGAAAUCUACAAGAUUGACCUCAACAUCACCCAAGCAACCAAAAACGAAGGUCUGCAUCGCUACGAAAGCCUACUCAACACCUUCACCGCCACCUCCCGGAGUGAAUUCCUCCCAUGGCUUGAGGGCGCCGUGAUGCUCUGGGCGAUGGAGAAGGUGUACUACGAAGCGUGGAGUUGGGCGCGGCGACAGGAUGCGCAGAGCUCGCCGCGCACGUAUGAGAACGAUGAGGAUGGUGGGGCGAUGAGGCGCGAGUUCAUUCCGAACUGGUCGAACAGGGACUUUAUGAUGUUUGUGGAGCAGCUGGAGAGGAUUCUGAAUGAGGCGGUGAGCUCGGCUGUUAAGGGUGACGAUCAGUUGUGGAGGCAGGUUAAGACGAGGACGGAUGCGGUGUGGCAGGCGGUGCUGGAUGCUGAGGAAGCGUUUUGGCCGGACGUGGACGGCGUUGGUGUGAAUGGCGCUGCGAAUGGAAGCGCUCUGAAUGACGUUAAUGGGAUCAGGACGUCAGCAGAUGUGGACUGCGCAAAUCACGAUGAAGGUGAAGGUGAUACAAACAAUGAUCUAAGCAACAAGAGUCGCGCGAAUAUGGAAUUUAAGGAUCCAACCGCUUCGCUGCUCCUUACAGAGGACUCGAUCAACCCCCAGACGAACCGCCUUCCCGCGAUCGAAGCGCUGCCGACAGAUCUCCUACAGCAGAUCUCCGAGGAUCUCAUCUAUACAUGCCAUCGGAAAGCCGACCCCACGACGCUGACUUAUGAGUUCAUCUACCCUAAUGGCAUCUGUCAGCUGCGCGCAUCCUCAAAGACCCUGCGAGCCAAUUCCGAACGCGCAUUUGCCCGCUGCUUCCGCCUCACGUCAGUCCAAUUUAAUGGGACAGGCCUUUCAAGGCUUGUCGAGUUGUCGCUCUCAGACAAAUACGCAUCAUUGUUACGGAUCAUCAUCUUCCACCCGGCGGCCGACAGUCAGACAAUUGCGACUGCGAAGACGACGCCACUGGAGGCCGGAGGAGAAAAUAUGGCGAAGUUGCGUCACUACGUCACCGAACAUGCGCCAGAAACCACGUUCAUGAUCUUUGCCCUCGCGAGGUUGAAGGGACUAUACUCCGUCAUCAUUGGUCCGAUGUUCCAACUCUGGCCAGACAUCCAUCGAGCAUGA